UCUAACCUUACUUUUAUUGAGAAGAAAACAGAGACAAGGGAGAUAUUAAUUAUCCAAAAAAUGUUUAUUAAAACAAUACUGAGGUGCAGCAAUAAACGAGUGCUAUGUUUGAAUCGAUAUUACUCGAGCAGGAACAUAAUCAGCCUGAAGGACAGGGGGAUGUGGCAGGACAUUUUCCCGGAUAAUUCAGUUGGAGAGGUUCGCGAUAUUUUAAAUUCCAGUCCGCAAUGGGUGUAUGCAGGCUUUGAUCCCACCGCUUCGAGUCUUCAUAUUGGAAAUCUUUUGGUUCUGGUGAAUCUCCUGCAUUGGCAACGCGGUGGACACAACGUUCUUGCUCUGUUGGGAGGAGCGACAGGAAGGAUUGGAGAUCCGAGCGGUCGGAACACUGAGAGGGAGAAGUUGAAUGGCGUUUUUCUGGAUGACAAUAUCGUAGGGAUCAAGGAGAACAUACAAGCCAUAUUUGAUAAUCACGAAAAGUAUUUCUGCGGCAAUCUGAAUAGGAAAUUAGGUAAUCUUAGGGUCGUUAAUAACGAGGAUUGGUACAACAAGAUGUCACCUGUGGAGUUGCUGGGCGACGCUGGGAGGUUCCUGAGGAUGGGCACGCUGCUGUCUCGGACGAGCGUGCAGAGCAGGCUGCAGUCUCCUGCUGGGAUGAGUCUGACAGAGUUCAGUUACCAGCUGUUCCAGGCCUACGAUUGGUUGCAUCUGUACAAAGAAUUUGGGUGCAGAUUUCAGGUUGGAGGUGGGGAUCAAAUGGGGAAUAUCAUGUCUGGCCAUGAGCUGAUCAGUAAGGCCUGCAAGCAAUCAGUGUUCGGAUUAACGUUGCCUUUGAUAACGACCGAGAUGGGUGAUAAAUUCGGUAAAUCUGCCGGUAACGCUAUUUGGCUAUCGUCGGAGAAGACGUCUCCGUUCAAUUUGUACCAGUUUUGGGUGCGAAUGUCCGACGCGGAUGCGGAGAAGAUGCUGAAAUUGUUUACGUUCGAUACGACGGGUAGCAUAGAGGAUCUGAUGAGGAAGCACAUGGAGAAGCCAGAGCUGAGGAUGGCGCAGAAGAGGUUGGCGGAGCAGGUGACGCUUCUGGUUCACGGAGAGGAUGGCCUCGGUAGCGCCCUCGCCGCUUCCAAAGCACUCUACGAGGGCAACAUCGAGGCGCUCGGUCACAUGAAGACGAACGAAAUCGCCGCACUCUUUCAAGGCGCUGAAAUCGUCGAGAUUAUGCCGUCAGCUAGGGAAACCGUUAUGGAAUUGUCGAUGAGAGUCGGAUGUUUCCCAUCGAAACAAGACGCAGUGAGGAUUAUUACAGCUGGAGGUUUCUCAGUCAAUCAGCAGAGAGCCAAGAACCCGAACGAGAUUCUGAGCCACAGCGUCCACAGACUGACCAACGAUGUGACGCUUCUGAGAGUCGGCAAAAAGAACUAUUACAUCGUCAAAUGGGUGUAAAAACGUUGAAUAAAGAGAACUUAGUUAGAAUAUACGCAUUUGCGUUAAAAUCCAUAUUACAUUCCCGA